CUGGUCGCUCGCUAACCCGCAGGGGAAAGGACGCGAGGGGAGACGCGCACCGAAGCGAAGGAAUUCCAGGAGGGUGGGACCCACCGCCACCGCGGCCGCCGUCCUCCCCUCCGCCGCGCCGCUCCGGCGCCAUGCCGUUCCUCUCGACGCCGUCGUUCGACCUCUCCGCGGGCGCCGAGCCCACCCUCGGCCCGCGCACUCCUCGUCCUCCCCCUCCCCCUCCUCCCGACGCCGCGGGGCGCCCGCUGAGCCCGGCGGCGCGGCAGCAGACGGCGGCGUCCGAGGCGGCGGCGCGGAGGCUGCGGGAGGCGGAGGAGAGGCUGCGGGAGGCCAUCCAGGAGCUGCAGCGGCACCACCAGCGCGGGGAUGGGGACGGGAAGGGGGGCGACGAGGAGGGGGAGGAGGAGGGUGGUGGUGGUGGGUGCGGCUGCGGGCACGAGGGGGAGUCGUGCGCGGCGCACGCGGCGGGGAACAUGUGCCAGAGCUUCCUUCUUUCCUACGGCGUCCGGGUCGGCAUCGGCAUCCUCCUCCGCGCCUUCAAGCUCGCCCGCCGCAGAUCCUACUCCUCGCUCCUCGACCUCAAGCAACUGGUUUCGGAGAAAGAUCUAAUAGUGAGGGAGGAGGCUUGUCGGGUAGGAUUACUUUUUGGAGGAUUCACUGGAUCAUAUCAUGCACUUCGAUGUUUCCUUCGGAGGUUUCGGAAAAAGGAAACACCAUUUAAUGCAAUAUUAGCAGGUUCGGUGGCAGGCUUGGCGAUAGUAGCAUUAGAUGAUUCAAGUAGGAGGCGCACCCUUUCUCUAUAUCUUCUGGCAAGGCUUGCUCAGUGUGCAUAUAAUUCUGCAAAGUCUAAAAAUAGAUUUCACUUUUGGGGAAGCCAUUGGAGGCAUGGAGAUGCAUUACUUUUUGCACUUGCGUCUGCACAGGUUAUGUAUGCUUUUGUUAUGAGGCCUGAAAGCUUACCUAAAUCAUACCAAGACUUUAUCCAAAAGACAGGACCAGUUGCAGAACCUGUUUACAAAGCUGUAAGGGAUUCUUGCAGAGGUGUUCAUGUGGAUCUCAUUGGCCUGUCAGCCUAUUUAGCAAACAAGAAGAAUUCGAAUUUGAUAAAUUUAACGAAUAGUCCACCCAUAAUUCCAUGUUCUGUGAUACAUCCUGACAGAGCAUCAUGCUUGGCUCAUAAUGUCAGUGUCACUUCGUCAACGUUCAAGAAAACGUUCCCUCUCUAUUUCUCAUUGACAUUUGUUCCGUUUGUUGUUCUACGCCUUCAAAAGUUCUUAGAAGCACCAAUUGCAACUUGUUGGAGGGCACUUGUGGGUGCAGUUCGUUCUACAACCUUUUUGUCUGCUUUUGUUACACUCUUCCAGGCUGCCAUUUGUUUGCAUCGCAAAGUUGCAACCAAAGACCACAAACUUGUUUAUUGGUAUGCUGGUUUAAUGUCUGGUCUUUCUAUUCUUUUGGAAAAGAAAGCAAGAAGAGCUGAGCUAGCUCUCUAUGUACUACCCCGUGCUGGGGAUUCUCUAUGGUAUAUAUUAAUCAACCGCCAUCUGCUCCCAAAUAUUAAAAAUGCUGAGGUGGCUCUUUUCUGCAUGUGCAUGGGAGGAAUCAUGUACUUCCUGGAGUAUGAGCCAGAUACCAUGGCUCCAUUCCUCAGAGGACUCAUCAGACGCUUCCUGGCAAGCAAAAUAAGCAACCCGAGCCCACCGCCCAAUCCCAAUGCCUCCUACAAUUACCUUCAGAAGCUGAACGAGUUGGAACAAACAAGAAAAGAGACGGUCCCAGAGAAUGGCCUGACAUCAUCAGAGAAGUACAACCUUGAAUCAAUCCCUGGCCUUUAGAGAGUCUAACGGUCGCAGUCGUGGCAGCCUGAGCUUUCUUUGCUUGUACACUUGGAAAACCAACAAAAUCCUAACCGUAAAGCGUCUAAUGCGUCAGGAUGUGGCAUCCUUUUGCACGGCUGGUGUUGAUAUUGAGUAUAUAUAGUGUUCUAGUGUCCCUUGCAGAAGAGAGGUUUUAGUAGACAGCACCUAUUUGUUGGGUGCGGGGUGAUUUUAUUAGAUAAGUUCUUGAAUGGCUCUUAUUUAAGCGCCUCAUGCAUGUUGAAUGUAAGAUGCACAAUAAAGAAGCUAUCUUAAUAAGUCAUAACCAUUUGUUGGUUC